ACAGCCAUGACAACGUAUUUGUUGACACAUUUGUAACAGUUAAAAAAGUUUAUAAGAUUACAAUGUCGUUGGGGUAAAUUAUUAUUCCAUCAUGAAUGGUAAUAGAUCAAUUCUACGCUUGCAAAUAGCGACAUUUGUUCACUUGCUUGUGGUAUUUAGCGGAUAUGCAAUACCUUCCGAUGAAUCCUUAUUCCCCCGUUUCGUGGAACCGGUUCCAAACGUCACAGUGACUGUAGGCCGUGACGCACUCCUUGCCUGCGUCGUGGAGGAUUUGCGCGGAUAUAAGGUAGCAUGGGUGAGGGUGGACACACAGACAAUUCUGAGUAUCCACCACAAUAUAAUAACACAGAACCCGCGUAUCAGCCUGUCGUACAACGACCACCGCUCCUGGUACCUUCACAUCAAGAACGUGCAAGAAGUGGACCGCGGCUGGUACAUGUGUCAAGUGAACACAGAUCCUAUGCGCUCCAGAAAAGGAUAUCUACAAGUCGUGGUACCACCAGUCAUAAUAGACAAUAUGACAUCAAUGGAUAUGGUGGUGAGAGAAGGCACCAACGUCACCAUGGUGUGUCGGGCCACUGGUUAUCCUGAACCGUAUGUCAUAUGGAGAAGAGAAGAUGGUCAAGAGUUUAAUUGCAAUGGAGAAUCAGUAAACGUCGUGGAUGGGGAGAACUUGACUAUAUCGAAGGUAUCACGGCUACAUAUGGGAGCGUACCUGUGUAUAGCAUCCAACGGUGUGCCACCAUCGAUCAGCAAACGUGUCGUCCUCAUGGUUCAGUUUCCACCUAUGCUAUCAAUACCAAAUCAAUUGGAGGGUGCAUACAUUGGGCAGGAUGUUACCUUGGAGUGCCAUACAGAAGCGUAUCCAUCCUCUAUUAACUAUUGGACAACAGAUCGAGGAGAUAUGAUCAUUUCAGGAACUAAAUACAACACGUCUUUAAGUGACGAUGGGUACAGCCGGAAAAUGAAAUUAACGAUUCGGAAAGUGUCAUCGAGGGAUUUCUCUUCAUACCGGUGCGUCGCAAAGAAUUCAUUAGGGGAAACUGAUGGACUAAUUCGGCUUGAUGAAAUACCGGCACCAUCGACAGUAAGCACAACGAGCAAUUACGUCACCAGCCCUCCAAAGAGAAAAGUAAAACUGAAGAACAGAUGGAGGGACAGUUCUGCGGAAAAUAGAGUACUCGGUGACUACGAGGCUGAAGAGUUGAAGGAGAAUGCUGAUUUCCAGUCUACUCAGUCCUCGGGAGCCUCCAUCACUCAGGGUGUAUUCCUCAUCAUAAUGGCCAUGUUUAUCACCAGCUGACGCCAAGGCAUCGUACAUAUCAGUGACAUAUCAUAGUGCCAAAACAGAACUUGCUAAACCAUAUAACAGCUCGUAAAAGUGAUGUAAUUAACGAUAUAA